CACGCUCUUCUCUAUCACUCCUUCCAUGGCUGCCUACCCAAGCUUGAAACCAAGACCCUGAGCUGCUUCUACUGCUAAUCAAGUGUCAUGGGGAAGGGAACAUCCAAAACCUCUCAUAAUCCCAUGUUUUUCUUUCUCUUCCUCUCUCUGGUGAAUCAAUAUUCAGCUGCUCUCCACCACCGCCUCCAUGAAACUCACCUUCUUUUAUCCUUCAAAGCCUCUGUUUCCAGAGACCCAUCACGCCUUCUCUCCAACUGGGUUCCUUCUGUUCCCACCUGCCGAUGGAAUGGCAUCACAUGCAGCAACGACACCGACUCUGGCUUCAGUAACAUCACGGCUGUUAACCUCUCCGGCAAGAACAUCACCGCCACACUCUCCGACUCUGUUUUCAGACUACCCCAUAUCCAAAUUCUCGACCUUUCCGACAACCAAUUCGUCGGGGAACUCCCUUGGAAUAUGUUCGACGUCGCCGUCGCCUCUUCUUCUCUUCUGCAUUUGAAUUUGAGUAACAAUAAUUUCACUGGCCCACUUCCCACCGGCGGCGUCUCUGUUCUUCAAACAUUAGACUUAUCCAACAACAUGAUUUCGGGUUCAAUUCCGAAAGAUAUUGGAUUGUUGUUCUCUGAUCUUCAAUUUCUUGAUCUGGGUGGGAAUGUUUUGACCGGAGAGAUUCCGAACUCUGUUGCGAAUCUCAAAUCGUUGGAGUUUUUAACAUUGGCGUCUAAUAAACUGAGCGGCGAAAUUCCGACGGAAUUGGGCGGAAUGAAGAGACUGCGGUGGAUUUAUUUGGGUUACAAUAAUCUUUCCGGGCAAAUUCCUGAAGAAAUCGGCCAAUUGGGUUCUUUGAAUCAUCUUGAUCUUGUUUACAACAAGCUAACAGGGAAAAUUCCAGAAUCUUUUGGGAAUCUAACUCGCCUUCAAUAUCUGUUCCUCUACCAAAAUGGUCUCACCGGUAAAAUUCCUCCGUCGAUUUUCCGUCUUGUGAAUUUGAUUUCUCUGGAUUUAAGCGAUAAUUCUCUCUCGGGAGAGAUUCCGGAGCUUGUAAUUCAUUUACAGAGAUUGGAGAUUUUGCAUCUGUUUGGUAAUAAUUUCACCGGAAAAAUUCCUAGAGCUCUGGCUUCUCUGCCUUGCCUGCAGAUUCUUCAGUUGUGGUCGAACGGGUUUUCCGGCGAAAUCCCGGAGCCACUUGGACGGCGAAACAAUCUCACCAUUCUCGACGUUUCUACUAAUUUNCGUUUCAACUAAUUACUUACCGGAAAAAUCCCAGAUGGGCUCUGUGAUUCUAAGCGCCUCUUUAAACUCAUCCUCUUCUCCAACUCUCUCACCGGCGAAAUUCCACGGAGUCUCUGUUCUUGCCAGAGUUUACGGCGUGUUCGGCUUCAACACAACCGUCUCUCCGGCGAAUUGUGUCCGGAAUUUACGAAACUGCCACUACUGUACUUUUUGGAUAUCUCCGGCAACCAAUUUUCCGGUAGAAUCGACGGCAACAAAUGGGAUUUGCCGUCUCUUCAGAUGAUGAGUUUAGCGAGGAAUAGAUUUACAGGGGACUUGCCGGAAUUUAUAAGAAAGGGUAAAAUCGAGAGUUUGGAUUUCUCGGCGAAUGAAUUUUCGGGUUCGAUCCCGGAGAGUAUCGGAAGGUUUUCAGAGCUAAUGGAACUUAAUUUGAGUAACAACAAUCUCGCCGGUCGGAUUCCGAGUGAAAUUUCUUCCUGUAAGAAGCUUGUGAGUUUAGAUUUAAGCCACAAUCAGCUAAUCGGCGAAAUUCCGGUGAUUAUCACUCAAAUUCCGGUUCUGAGCUUCCUCGAUUUGUCGGAAAACGAAUUAUCCGGCGAAAUCCCACCGGUUUUCGGCCGAUUUCCGUCGCUUGUUCAGAUAAAUAUUUCCCACAACCACUUUUACGGAGCGUUGCCGUCCACCGGAGCGUUUUUGGACAUAAACGCCAGCGCAGUAGCCGGCAAUGAUCUUUGCGGCGGCGAUAUAAUUACGAGCAAAUUACCGGCAUGCGAAAACCGUGGGUAUAACCACUUAUGGUGGUUCAUGCUCGUAUUGGGGCUGGCCGCGUUGUUCAUUGCGACGGCAGUGUUGGUCACAAUACGACGUCGUAAGCUGACAAAAAUAGUGCAAAACGACGACGGAAUAUGGGAGGUUAAAUUCUUCGAU